UUUGUUUCUCGGCAGGAUAGUACACAAAUACGCUUGCAACCUCCAUCAUCCCCCAUCUACCGUGUCCUGCUUUUGCCCACUACCCGACGAGACGAGACGGAAACUUCAUGCCUUCAUGGUAGUGUGCGGAUCUUAACCUACCAUUUCCGCCAACCCUGGCUGUACACCUAUCAGCAAUGGGCGACGACUCGACCCUCGCGGCCACAACUGCCAUCCUACGAUGCCUCGCGGUGAGUGGCAGUGUGCCCCAGCCAAAUAUCCAGAGCAACCAGGGAGUCAAGCUUCCAGGACCCGAUACUCCAUCCAAGCAUGAACUCGAACGCGAGAUUGCGGCGCUAGUUGCCCGGGUGCAGAAUUUGGAGGCGAAAGCCAACAACCAGGCUCAAUCCGACACGCCGAAUGAGAUAGGCGCUCCUUCUGCUUUUGCCGAUGUUCUUACUGGCGGAGGAGGAAAUCGGAAUGCGCGGAAGGCUGCAUCACGGCAACAACUUGUUAAUUCGUUACUGGCAUCCCGAGAUGCUCCUGCUGGAGAACGACCGCAGAAAUAUACCAAGCUCACCGAUGAAGACCUCGAGACGUUACGAGAACAUGUGGACGACCAAUCGAAGCAGCUUGAUAGCCAGAAGUCGGAGUUGGCAAUGGUGAAUACCCAGCUAUUGCACCAGAAGCAGCUACAGGAAAAAGCUCUCAAUGUGUUGAAAGUUGAACGCGUCGCAGCACUCGAGAGAGAACUCAAGAAGCAUCAGCAAGCCAACGAGGCCUUUCAAAAAGCCUUGCGGGAGAUUGGAGAGAUUAUCACUGCUGUGGCAAGAGGUGACCUGAGCAAGAAGGUUCAGAUACACUCGGUGGAGAUGGAUCCUGAAAUUACUACUUUCAAGAGGGUCAUCAACACCAUGAUGGACCAACUUCAAAUAUUCUCCAGUGAAGUCUCUCGAGUGGCUAGAGAAGUCGGUACCGAAGGUAUACUUGGUGGGCAAGCGCAGAUUGUAGGGGUCGAUGGAACAUGGAAAGAGUUGACGAAUAAUGUAAACGUCAUGGCCCAAAAUCUCACAGAUCAAGUCCGAGAGAUUGCUUCGGUGACGACGGCCGUUGCGCACGGAGAUUUGACUCAGAAGAUCCAGAGACCGGCGCAGGGCGAAAUACUACAGCUACAACAGACGAUCAAUACCAUGGUGGAUCAACUGAGGACUUUUGCUGCCGAAGUUACACGCGUAGCCAGAGAUGUCGGCACGGAAGGCAUUUUAGGCGGCCAGGCAGAGAUAGAUGGAGUCAAGGGAAUGUGGAAUACCUUGACUGUGAAUGUCAACGCUAUGGCUAACAAUCUAACGACUCAAGUGAGGGACAUAGCUAUGGUGACAACUGCUGUAGCGAAAGGAGAUCUCACCCAGAAGGUGCGAGCUGAGUGCAAGGGUGAGAUCAAGCAGCUCAAGGAAACGAUCAACUCCAUGGUGGACCAACUCCAACAAUUCGCACAAGAGGUUACGAAGAUUGCUAGAGAGGUCGGCACGGAAGGCAAACUAGGAGGCCAAGCAACGGUGCAUGACGUGGAAGGUACCUGGAGAGAUUUGACUGAAAAUGUCAAUGGAAUGGCCAUGAAUUUGACAACCCAAGUACGAGAGAUCGCAAAGGUCACAACUGCCGUGGCUAAGGGAGAUCUGACGAAGAAGAUCGGGGUCGAAGUACAGGGGGAGAUGGCAUCUCUGAAGGACACGAUAAAUACCAUGGUGGAUAGAUUGGGAACGUUUGCCUUCGAGGUGAGCAAAGUCGCUAGGGAGGUCGGAACCGAUGGAACACUUGGUGGCCAGGCCCAAGUCGACAACGUUGAAGGAAAAUGGAAAGAUCUUACAGAGAAUGUCAACACCAUGGCCGGCAAUCUGACGUCUCAAGUUCGAGGGAUAUCGACCGUCACACAGGCUAUUGCCAAUGGAGACAUGAGCCAAAAGAUCGAGGUCGAAGCUGCGGGUGAGAUACUCGUAUUGAAGGAGACGAUUAAUAACAUGGUGGAUCGACUGAGUAUCUUCUCGAAUGAGGUACAGCGCGUGGCCAAGGAUGUGGGUGUUGAUGGUAAGAUGGGCGGCCAGGCUGACGUUGCUGGCAUCGGCGGUCGAUGGAAAGAGAUUACUACAGAUGUCAACACGAUGGCAAUGAACUUGACUGCCCAAGUCCGAGCGUUUGGCGACAUAACUAAUGCAGCAACUGACGGCGACUUUACUAAAUUAAUCACUGUCGAAGCAUCUGGGGAGAUGGAUGAACUGAAGCGGAAGAUCAAUCAGAUGGUAUUCAACUUGAGGGAUAGUAUUCAGCGAAACACAGCUGCCAGGGAGGCUGCCGAAUUUGCCAACAGGACGAAAUCAGAGUUCCUUGCCAACAUGUCGCACGAAAUUCGAACACCGAUGAACGGUAUCAUCGGCAUGACGCAACUGACUCUGGACACGGAUCUCACCCAAUACCAACGAGAAAUGUUGAACAUUGUUCAUAACCUCGCGAACAGCUUGCUGACCAUCAUCGAUGACAUUCUGGAUCUCUCGAAGAUUGAGGCCAACCGCAUGGUCAUGGAGGAAAUCCCCUACACCCUCCGAGGGACGGUCUUCAAUGCUCUCAAGACCCUUGCAGUGAAAGCAAACGAGAAAUUCCUGGACUUGACAUACCGUGUAGACAGCUCCGUUCCCGACCAUGUUGUUGGCGAUUCCUUCCGUUUACGCCAAGUCAUUCUAAAUCUGGUCGGCAACGCCAUCAAAUUCACCGAACAUGGUGAGGUUUCAUUGACUAUUCGAAAGGCGGCGCAGGAUCAUUGCGCACCCAACGAAUAUGCUAUAGAAUUCUCAGUAACUGAUACCGGUAUUGGUAUUCAAGCAGAUAAGCUUGAUCUUAUCUUCGAUACUUUCCAGCAAGCCGACGGAUCCAUGACGCGGAAAUUUGGCGGAACUGGUCUUGGACUGUCCAUUUCGAAGAGACUGGUGAACUUGAUGAGAGGUGAUGUCUGGGUAAAGAGUCAGUACGGCAAAGGAAGUUCAUUCUUCUUCACUUGUACAGUCCGACUUGCAACCUCGGACAUAUCCUUCAUCCAAAAGCCACUCAAGCCAUAUCAAGGGCAUAACGUCCUCUUCAUUGACAAGGGAACUACGGGGCACGGCAAAGAAAUCAGCGCAAUGCUUGAGCAGAUUGGCCUUGUACCCGUAGUGGUCGAUUCUGAGCGCCAUCUGAAGCUGGCCCACACGGACGCAACGAAAGCGGCAUCAACGUACGAUGUCAUCAUUGUGGAUUCGAUUGAGAUGGCGAGAAUGUUGAGGUCGAUUGACGAGUUCAAGUAUAUACCGAUUGUUCUCUUGGCUCCCGUAGUCCAUGUCAGUCUGAAAGCAGCCUUGGACCUUGGUAUCACGUCAUAUAUGACAACCCCCUGCUUGACCAUUGAUCUAGGCAAUGGUAUGAUCCCAGCGUUAGAGAAUAGAGCUGCGCCGUCUCUAGCGGACAACACCAAAUCUUUCGAUAUUCUGUUGGCGGAAGACAAUAUCGUAAACCAACGUCUGGCAGUCAAGAUCUUAGAGAAAUAUCACCACGUUGUGACGGUUGUCGGUAACGGCCAGGAAGCUCUCGAUGCCAUCAAGGAAAAGAGAUAUGAUGUUAUCCUUAUGGAUGUUCAGAUGCCAAUUGUGGGAGGAUUCGAAGCUACAGCCAAGAUCCGUGAAUACGAACGAAGCAUCGGAGUGCAGAGGACGCCCAUCAUCGCCCUCACCGCCCAUGCUAUGCUUGGUGAUCGAGAGAAGUGCAUCCAAGCACAGAUGGAUGAGUACCUCUCCAAACCUCUAAAGCAAAACCAUCUCAUCCAGACAAUUUUGAAAUGCGCAACUCUUGGCGGCGCUCUCCUAGUAAAGGGUAGAGAUGUUCGCCCUUCUACCAAAGACGAAGCGCCUUCGCCAGCGGCUUCAAACGGUCAAGCCGCGCCUUCGCCAAGUCCUUCGCAGCCAAGCCCCUCGCGCUCAGGACGGCCGCCUUUGGAGCCACGGCCGUACACAACGACAGGCCCUAUCACUCAUGGUAGCUUGGAAAGUCCCGAGCUGGCAGCAGGUGAUCAAGAAGAUCCUCUAGCGAGGGUGAGUUGACCUUCGGUCGCCAACGCCGCCCAUGUGCUAAGCUAGAGACUGUAGCUUCUCGUGCGGGCCCAUAGCAGUUAGUUCUAAACCCUGGCUGUCGUACUGUGCACCAUGAUCUCAUUCAUCGAAGCCCGUCUGGAGAUUCUCCACGUUUUUCCGAA